AAACAAAUGUCAUUAGUGGUGGGCGUGACUCAAAAGUCAAAACCUCUAUUUGCUAGCUUUGAUUAAAGUUCAAAACCUCUAAUUGUCCAGACCCUGGUGGUCAAACACCAGCCCAUUCAAAGGCACAUCCAUCGUCGUAAAGAAUCAAAAUGGGUUCAUCUCCAUUGGCGGCCAUUACAGCCUCCAAGCUGGUAGCCAAACUGGAUCUGAAGCCGCAUCCAGAAGGUGGCUUCUAUGCAGAAACAUUCAGGGACCCCUCCGUCUUCCUCUCUAAAUCUCAUCUUCCUCCAACUUACAAAGUUGAUCGACCUGUCAGUACAUCUAUUUACUUCUUGCUGCCUUCUGCAAGUGUCUCUCACUUGCACCGCAUCCCGUGUGCAGAAACAUGGCAUUUUUACUCGGGAGAGCCUAUCACGGUUAUGGAACUAAAUGAGAGUGAUGGUAGUGUGAAGUUAACAUGCCUCGGGCCUAACCCACUCGGAGAAAAUGAACAUGUGCAGUACACUGUGCCUCCAAAUGUGUGGUUUGGUGCAUUCCCAACAAAGGAUAUAGACAUCUCCUCGGACAUGAAAACUGCUGUAAAAACAACUCCUCCUAGAGAUCCUGAGAAUCACUUCUCUCUGGUUGGAUGUACAUGUGCUCCCGCUUUCCAGUUUGAGGACUUCGAGCUUGCAAGACGAUCUCACCUUGUUUCGCGAUUUCCGGAUUACGAGUCCUUAAUAACCUUUCUUACCUUUCCGGAGACAUCCUAGCUGUUAUGUUGUCCCUGUAUCACAAUUUUAAAUGUUUUUGUUUAUGAUGUUUGCUUUUUCAAGUUCUAAAUAAUUAAAUAUAUAGUCCCCUCAUAAUAAUGAGUGUUUAACACUGCCCACUCAUAAGUAAGAAUGACGUGAAGUAUUGUAACUUGUAAGAAUCAGGAAAUGGGGUUCUUGGACAGUUGGACAUACACUAUUUAAAUUGCAGUAAGAGUUGCAUAUUUUUUAUCGUAGGAUUUUAAGAUUUUAAUUUUCUUAACAUAUACAAAAAUA